GAUCGGCUCAUUGGCAAUAAAAAACGAAAAAGUGAUAGGGUUUGAUCUAGGGUUAACAUGGAUUGCGGCGGGGAAGAUGAGACCUCCGAGGAGAAUCAACAGUUUACGCCUCAUAGUAAGCAUAAGCGCAAGGCGGAUGAAAUCGAAGAUGUUGGUGACGCAGGGAGCGGCGGAGAGGGCCAGGAUGAUAGGGAAGACACAGACGGAGACGGCGACGUGUCCAGCCGUGAGGGGUUCCAAGAAUGGGACGUGGACAGUUUCGAAGAUGGACAUGAAUUCAUACCCAAUAAGAAGAUCGACCCAAACGAUGAGGAAGCUCAAAAGAUGCGUCGAUACAGGAUUCAGAUGUACGAGAGCAAUGGUUUCAACGUGGAUAGGGAAAACUAUCCAGGGAGAGUAGCCUUCCGAGAACUCAUUCCCAUUAAUCUUGAUGAACCUUUUAAUAGUGGUCUUACAGGGCGAGCCUACAUGCAAAACAACGUUGAUUUGACCUUGCACAAAUACAACAAAAUCAACGGGUUGUCUCUUACAUGCGCAAAUAUUGUGAGGGCUGUUGUUUGCAGAGUCUCCUGUUCAGUCAAAUCCUACAUCACCUUCAUGGCCAGAGAGACUCCUGAUGGAGAUCUUGUUGAAUACCAAGCCAAAACAGAAAAGAUGCCCUGGCAAAAACGAGCUCACGGCCUCUUCUGCAGGCCAACUCCUAAACCAAAGGUUAUACACAUGCCCAGCUACGAGGAUUGUAUAUCCAGUGAUUCUUCCACCGAUAGUAAUGCAUCUAGCCGCGGAAGUGACCAAGCAUGGGAGGUCGAUAGCUUUGAUGAUGAAUCCGAGUACCAACCCCAAGAGAGGAUGUGUCCCAUCGAGGAGGAAGUUCAACGAAUGCGUCUGUAUAGACCAAAGAUGUACCCUAGCAAGGGUUUCCACGUGGAUGGAGAAAGCUACCCUGGGGAAACUGUCUUCUUCUCUCAAGUUGAUCUUGAUAAACGCUACGUCGGUAUUGAGAUAACAGGCCGUGAGCACAUGCAAAACCUGGUAGAUUUGGCUCUUGAAAAAUACAACAACAUCAAGGGAACAAGUGUGACAUGUGAAUCGAUUGUGAGGGCUAAUGUGACGAGAGUGAACGGCCACAAGUUGUACAUCACCUUCAUGGCUAGGGAGUCUCCGGCGGGAGAGCUUGUGGAGUAUCAAGUAAAAACGGAGAGGAAGUUUUGGCAAAAGAAAUAUCAUGCCAUGUUUUGCAGGCCAACUCCAAAAUCCAAAGAUUGAGCUUUUAAUCAGGCUUGUGAGUUGUGAUGAACAAGUAUCCAAGUGGAGGACUAGAAUAACUAUCUUUGGUUUUAAAACGUUAUCUUUUAUCUUUUAGUAGACCUAAUUGUAGGGAUCAACUAAUGUUUCCUCUAGACUUCUUCAAGAAUUGUAAUAUGUACAACUUUUUCUCUUUGAGAAUGGUACUAAUAUCAAUUAUUUCUUCAUUU